AUGCCAUCUACUGAAACUAUGCAGUACUCGGGUCUUGCUACGCUACCCGCAGACAUAAUCAUCGACGUCUACCAAUCUCUUGCGGAAGUCUACAAGCCCAAACCGCGCUUCGGCGGGCUAUUAUACGAGUUACAUCCACAGGAUGGUACCCUCGGAUGGGUAUAUCUCACGCACGUCAGUCGCCGCCUGCGCGACAUCGGCAUUGGGAUGCCGUUCCUCUGGGCGAACGACUUGUGCGCUCUGCCCAGCGCAUUCGACACGUUUCUUACACGUGCACGCAAUAUGCGCCUGCAGUUGAUUAUGCAAGAUGUCCUUGAUUUCGAUGCCCAUCUUCUGAACGACGACAUCCUUCCUCCAUUGCUCCAUCGAACGGACUCCUUGAGAGUCAACUACAACAACCGGAACGAUACACCGUGGGGUCUAUAUGAAUUCCAGCCAGCAGCGGACAAACUCUUGGGCGCUCUGAGAAGCGGGCCACUCCCCCUCAUGGAGAAUUUGGUCAUGUCGCAGGUGCAGGAUAAAUCCCUCCCACCAUUCACCGGAACGCAGUAUCGCAUACGAGUUCCCAAUCUGCAUCACGCCACCUUCCGAGGGUUCUUCGCGCCGCUCGACGCACCAAGCCUUCGCACGCUCGAGCUCAGGAGCUGCGUGGAGUUCUUCGUGUCUGACUUGUGCGAUCUAUUGCGCACUCUGCCCUGCUUGGAACGUCUUAUCUGGGACGUGUGGUGGUCAGGAUAUUCCCCGGCGGACGAAACAUCGAACGGAGUGGUUCCACUCAAGCCUGUACACUUGCCCUGUCUCCAAAGCUUUCAUAUGAUCGACGAUUACACGGAUCUUUCACGACUCGCGGACGCCCUCGAAUGCCCGAAACUCUCCCCUGCCAACUCCAGUGCUUCGCCAGCCAAACCCAAUUACUUAGGAUUUCGGUCUCUUGCGACCUGGGAAGAGAUCAGGGAUACAUGCACUAUAUUUCGCUCGCGAAUCAUGCACCCGCACAACUCAAACUCUCUCUCACUCACUAUCCCGCUUACCGUGCGGUUUCUCCAAAGGUAUCACGUCCUCCUCGGCGACUCGUGGGAAUCGUCUACCCAGAGCUUGUCGGAUACACACUAUACCAACUUUGCGCUGUAUCAAGAAAGACCGGCGCCUCCUCUUGCCACUCUGAUCAGGGGGGUAACCGCAUCCGUUGCUUCGGAGAUACGAACACUCUGCGCCUUUGGCCGCAUUCCACCAAACCGUCCCGACCAAGACGACUUCUUCCGAGGUGCAGGACCUUCAGACACAAUGCAUGAUGCGUUCGCUGCUCUCACGAGUGUUACGGAGCUCCAACUUGCGUACUCCGCGGACGGGAUGUUGGACUUGCUGAGGUGUUCGGAUGAGUCGGCCGAAAGUGGAAGUGAUGGCCGAAGCGUCCUCUUCCCUCACCUCGAGACGAUCAUCGUCGACACUCGCAAUCAGGGUGCAGGGUGGGCGGACGACAUCUCCCACCACUACGAGGGAGGAGAACACUACGAAGAGUGGCAGGCUGGGCAUCUACCAGUACAUUGGUGGAGGAGCUUCUGCGAGAUGCUCGCGAGUCGGGCGGCGCGCGGCUAUACGCUCCCGCGCUUGGUUCUUCGAGGACGGACGUGCCAUUUUGCAGACUUGCUAUCGGAGAAUGACUUUCCGUCUAUGUACGAGGUGAUACUACAUGCGAUUGACGUACAAGUCUUGAAGGAGUGGGUGGACGAGGUCAUAGAUGAGCGUGUUGCGUGUGGCAUCUUCGGGGACGAUGAGAUCGAGUGCUCAUCCGAUGAGGCGGAGUGA